UCCGGUUCAAGGACAACAAGUGCACGUUUUCAUAUUAGAUUAUCAGUGAUCAGCAAAAAUAUUUGCUGUUAAAAUGGGGGAUAUGAGCGAAACCAGGAAUGCAUUUUUGUGGUGCAUGUCAGUCAUAUACCUGUUUGCCUUUUCAUCGCUCUAUGUGCAAAUACCAGGCUUGUAUGGCGAUAAUGGAAUACUGCCUGCUCGUUUGGUUUUGAACACAGAGGCGAACUCAUGGCACGAGUUGUUGGAGGGCCAGCCCACCCUCCUGAAGCUGACCCCCAAGCUGGGCCUGAACAUACAGAGCGGGAUGGACCUGCUGUGUCUCGGGGGCAUCCUCGUCUCCUUCUUCUGCAUGGUGUCGCGACGCAUGCGCGACGUCGUGUCCUUCACCUUGCUGUGGAUGUUCUACCUCUCCCUGUACCAGGUUGGCCAGACCUUCCUGUGGUUUCAGUGGGACAUCCUGUUGCUUGAGGCUGGCUUCCUCACCAUUAUCGUGGCGCCAUUCAACUUCCAACUGUUCCGAUCUCGGAGCCCCCCACAACACCAGCACGACUCCAUCACCAUGUGGCUCCUCAAGUGGCUCCUCUUCCGCCUCAUGUUUGCCUCAGGCAUCGUCAAGCUCACCAGUCAAUGCCCCACCUGGUGGGGACUCACUGCCUUGAAUCAUCAUUUUGAAUCCCAGUGUAUUCCUACACCCCUUGCUUGGUAUUGGCAUCAGUUUCCAACAUGGCUCCUGAAGCUGAGUGUCGUAUCAACGUUUGUCAUCGAGAUCGCUGUACCCUUCCUCUUCUUUGCACCAGUCAGGUCUCUCCGUGUCGUCGCCUUUUACGCUCAGGUGCUACUGCAGGUGUUGAUCAUCGCCACGGGCAACUACAACUUCUUCAACCUCCUCACCAUCGUCUUGUGCAUCUCCCUCGUCGAUGACCAUGUUCUUGGCAGACGGAAAUCUGCCCGUCGACGUAGAUCCUUCCUGUGGAAUGGUCUGGGCUUUGUGUCCAACUUCAUUGUGCCUGUGCUGGUGUACGGCUACAUCGGCUACUACACCUACAACCUCUUCGACCUCAAGGUUCAGCCCGACUACACCAUACAGUCCAAGACAUCUUUCAAGUCCUCGGACCUGAACCGCUGGCUGGAGUGGGUGAUGCCGUACACUAUAUACGUUGGAGCUAUUUCUUUAGCUUUUGAAAUAUUCCUGUCAAUACUCAGGUCUUCCGUAGAAGAGAAAGGAUUCUUCAGGAAAAACCUUGCUACUAUUCAGUGUGUCCUGUUUGGCGCUGUAGCAGCGGGAAUGUUUGCCAUCAGUCUGGUGCCCCACACAGUUAUUGAAGGCAAGUCUCACAGGUCCCUGUGGCCGGCCGUCAGACAGUGGCACAACAGACUGGAGUCCUUCCAGAUCACCAGCUCCUAUGGACUCUUUAGAAGGAUGACGGGAGUGGAAGGUCGCCCCGAGGUGAUCAUUGAAGGAAGUAACAAGAAAGACGGUGUUUGGAAAGAGUACGAGUUCCUCUAUAAACCAGGCGAUAUCUCUCUCCGACCCCCGAUUGUAGCACCCCAUCAGCCCCGACUUGACUGGCAGAUGUGGUUCGCCGCCCUCGGCAACUACCAACACAACCCGUGGUUCGUCAACCUCGUCUACCGCCUGCUUAACAACCAGAAAGAAGUCCUUCAGCUGUUGAAAAGGAACCCCUUCCCUGGCAAACCUCCAAAGUACAUCCGUGCAACACUGUAUCACUACUACUACACCUCCAGCAGCAAGAAAAAUGACAGAUUUUCCACCAAGAACUGGUGGCUGAGGAAAAAGAAGGCUGAAUACCUCCCAGUGAUGCAUGUAGAGGACCAACAGCUGAUGAAAUACAUCAAACAGAGAGGACUCUCCGAGCCAGUACCCAAGGUGAUGAAGAAGGGCUAUGUGAGGGAGGCAAUCACGUGGAUACGGAAUAUGAUCGGCCAGCCGGAGGGGUUUACAUUUGUCGUGUCUGUGUUUGGAUCGGGUCUUGUUGUAAACAUGCUCAACUGCUACCUGUUCUAAUGAUACAUGAUACUCAGUUAGGGCUGAUAACCAAGUUAUCACAGCCCUGACAAAGGAUACAGUGUAUUUCUCACGUCACUGUCACUCGGAGUUGGAUUCAUUGUGUCAGUGCCUGUUACUGAGUAGUGGUGGGACGAUGCACCGAUACAUCGGUGGAUCGUGAUUAUUUACUUCUCGAUACAAGUAUCGAUCACAGUCACACACUAAGUAAAAAAAUAUAGAUUAUGACCUUAAAUGUUUGAUUUAAUAACUGUUCCACUAAACACUAAUCAGUAGUGCAAGUUAAUAGUGAAAACAAAUAUUUUCAUCCAUUGCGCCAUACUUGACUUUGUCAACUGUAAAUCAUCAGUGUGCUAGGUAUUUGAAUAUCUUGUCUAUGAAAAAGAUGGUUUACGCACCACAGAAAGAGCACAUGCAAGUAUCAUGAUACAUAUUGGAUCGUGAAUAAGGUAUCGUGAUACAUUUUGGAUCGCACAGAUGGUGUAUCGUCCCAGCUCUAGUACGGAGCCAGUAUGACCCGAAGUAGAGAUUCUGGUGUUCGUGGUGAAUACCGAUGUAAGGCAGCCUGGUGUUUGGCUAACCAGCCUCUGAUAGUGCAGUCCUCAUUCAAGAUUCAAGACUUCAUAAGCUCCAACAUCAACCUCUAACAUCAGAUACUGUGUAGGAUAAUACUUUAGUUCCCAGGUUCUAUCUCAUAGCGGAUGGUCACAGUGUUUGAAAUAAUCUUAAAACCAAAGACAGUCGGACAGGUGACCCAUAAGUGUUGCCAGCCCAUCUUCAAAGUUACCUACCCGGAUUCAGACAGCUUAAGAAUGGAAAAAUCGGGGAAAAAUAAGAGACAAAUCACGUCUUGAUUCAGUUGAAAUAAUAAACAAUUACUUGAGAAUCUACACGAAGUUAUAAUAAAACUGAAAACAUAAA